CUGCAGUCGAACUGGGAACCAGGUCGUUCCUCGUCUAUUCUUUUGAAAUUUGCUUUGAACGUCGAGUUUAUUUUGAAGCGGUUACAGCUUUCGGCGUUGCUGUCUGCUUAUCCUGAUAUAUCAACUGGUUGUUGGCUUUCUUCUUUUCACGACCUACCUCAUCUUUCUGCAAUCCCUAUACCAGCAGUCGACUGCCCGUCUUCUAGUAGUGUGAAGCUAGCGAUGAGUCAAAUCGUGACCAAAAUACAGAACUUCUGCAAUUCGAACUCCUCGAAUCCUCCAAUUACACGGGUUGGCGUUAUCGGGGGAGAUAAGUUUAUUAAUCAGAUUUUGCGCGCGUAUGUGGAAUGUCUCCAUCACAAGUCCUCAAGCAACUGGUUGCACUAUCUCCGCUUUGCCAUGAUUCCAGCUCCACAUUCUUUAAUGGCAAGUUUCUAUAAGUGUGCUAUUGCAGGUCUCGAUGGGGAGCUUGAUCAGCUAUGUCAUGAUAUGUGGGAGCGGUGGGUUGACCUAAGUCCGUCAGAAAGGGUAUCAGUUAUCGAAAAAAUGACAAUGUGGCUCACUGCUGGUGGUGGCGCCUGCGUUAAUCUUCCUAUUGGAGAGGCUUUAUUGCAGAUGACGGAGAGAGGACAAGAGGUUUCCUGUCGAGUGUUCGUACCAUUCCUCGCUGAGGUUCGUGUUGUUCAUCUCUUUUUUCAUAGUUCACCUCCAAACAGCCCACACAUUCGUGCAGCUGAUUCUCGCGAAAUGGAUCCAUCGAAUGUUGGUGGUUUAGAGAUAAGCACUCAUUGGCUUUUUUAUCCAUAUAAUUUUAACUUACCAUCGUAUUCGCAGAAUGUUACACCGAACUCUAAAAAAGAUGUCAGCAAAGGAUCGAUAAAGGCCAGCUUCCGUACACUUGUGAUCACACGAUCCUGCAGUCAACCACUUCUUUCCCUAAAUUUCGUGAAGGAGAAGAAGAAAGAAAAAAUGUUACAGAAACUGGGGAUGAAAAAAGGACAGAAAACAGAGAACGAUAACCCGCCUGUGCAGGUAGUUGCUGUAUCUCGAUUACUUUGCAGCUGUGCGAGCAAACAUGCUGAUCUCACUGUGAAUGUUGAUGGAUUCACAUAUGAGCGUAUACGCUACUUCCAGUGCAGCUCUCAGUGGCAGACGCACGUAAAGUCCUUUCCAGUUUCACUUAUCGUGUAA